GAGGAACCUCUAGGCUGAGCUGUGAGGCUGGGGACCCAGCCGCGCCGGGCCGAUGCUGCUCGCGGCGGCCUCGCUGCCCUCCCGGAACCCUGCUGACCGGGGUCCACACGUCCUUCCCGCACGCCUGCGCCGUGGACUGGCCGGGGCUGGGCCUCCGUGGCCAUGUGCGGGGGGUGGCGGCCGCAGCCAGGGCUGCUUCUCUCAGCAGGGAACUCGCAGUACAGCCAGCAGCAGGCGGGGUACCAGCAGGGCACGGCCCAGCAGCAGGCGGGGUACCAGCAGCAGUACCCCAACCAGCAGAGCUACCCCGGGCAGCAGCAGGGCUACGGCCCGGCGCAGGGCGCCCCCUCGCAGUACCCCGGCUACCAGCAGGGCCAGGGCCAGCAGUACGGCAGCUACCGGGCCUCCCAGGCGGGCCCGUCCGCCCAGCAGCAGCGGCCCUACGGCUACGAGCAGGGUCAGUACGGAAACUACCAGCAGUGAGGCCGGUGCCCAGCUUGGGCCUGGGGCGGGCGUCCACUGGGUCGCGGCCGGCGGCGGUCCUGACAGACAGCAGAGCGUGGGCCGCAGGGACGGGGCAGCGCCCCGCGGGACACCUGGUGCUGUGUACAGUCGCGUCUGUCCGGCGGAGCGGUGGCCCUGCCCCCCUCGCUCUAGCUCGCUCCAGGGACCUCUGGCCAUCAGAGUAUCCUGUGCCCAGCGCCGGGACCUGUCUGCAGAGGCCGCGGUCGCGUCUGCGGCAGACCGGGCAGCCGCGCCGUCGGAUGGGGCUGUGAGCGCGUCUGGCGCCGGCUCCGUGGCCGCUGGACACGCCCUGGACAACGGCCUCUCGGCGCUCCCGCGGGCUGCGUCCCUCCCGACGCUCAAACAGACGUGCGGGCGUCCCCGGCGCGAGGCCGGGCCACCCCGGGGCGAGUCCAUGGUCUCGCCGCUGUUUCUCCACAAUGUGUGUGUGCGCGAGGGAGCGAGACCGGCGCAGAGACUGGCCGAGGCCGGCCACCGCCAGGGACGGCUCGGCGUCACGUCAGCUGGACCUGCUUUACCCGGCGGCCACUCGCCGCGGGGCGUCCCUGCAGCGCCCCCUCCAGGGCAUCAGGAACUCCGGCCGCGGACGUCGCCGUUUAGAUGCUGUGCAGCCGUGAAGGGCGCUCGCCCGGGCAGCCACUGGGGCGGGGCCGCUGACCGCGGGG